CUCACCAUCUGUCCAUCUCUCUGAGCUCCAGCAGAUUCAUACACACAUCAUAAUGCUGAGGGACUUCAGUCAUGCUGGGAUUCUGACGGUGCGAUACUGAUAUGGGAUGCAGAGUCACAAAAUCAAACCAACAGCAGCUGAAAGCAUGCGAUCCAGGGAGCAUCUCAGUUCCAGCCGCUACAGCAAUGCGUGCGGCUCUGCUCAUCCAGCGCUGGUAUCGUCAGUACGCGGCCCGGCUGGAGAUGCGACGCCGCUGCACCUGGAACAUCUUUCAGUCUAUAGAGUAUUCUGGACAACAGGAUCAUAUCAAGCUGUAUAAUUUCUUCGGUUACCUGAUGGAUCAUUUCACUUCUGCCAGCAGCCAAAGGAAUCUGGUUUCGCAGAUGUUUCGCGAGAGUGACGUGUUUCAGGACGUGGAGUGGGAGAGACAGUUCUGUUACAAGGACAUCGAGGUUCCAGACGUCUACGCCGGCCCACAUCUCUCCUUCCCACUGACCGUCUCCACUGUCACAGAGCUGGUGGACGCCUUCAAAAACAAACAAAAGCUUCACGCACGGUACGUGCUGCAACUGCUGGGCAAGACCUGGACGCUUCUGCGCUUGAUGCCCAACAUCAGUCAUGUGUGCAGCUGCAAACACACAGAGAUCACCAUCUGUGGUGACUUACACGGCCAUCUGGAGGAUCUGUUGUUGGUCUUUUACAAAAAUGGGUUUCCUUCAGCGGAGACGCCAUACGUCUUCAACGGGGACUUUGUGGACCGAGGGAAAGAGUCGAUGGAGAUUCUGUUGGUCCUGUUUGCGUUCCUGCUGCUGUAUCCGCUUGACGUGCACCUGAACAGAGGAAACCACGAGGACCACAUCGUCAAUCUGAGAUAUGGCUUCACUAAGGAAGUUCUGGGGAAAUAUCCGGUUCAUGGGAAAAUGAUUCUGAAACUUCUGCAGAAGAUCUUCAGCUGUUUGCCACUGGCUACAGUGAUUGACCAUAAAGUACUGAUUCUACAUGGAGGAAUUUCUGACAAGACGGACUUGAAUGUGAUCGCCAAACUGGACCGUUGCAGAUUCGUGUCGGCCCUCCGGCCCCUGACGAGGAGAGAAGCAGAUGGAGACGAGGAGGACAUGAGCGCUGGACGGAGGAGAGUCCAGUCCCUGACCCAUGGCCUGACGGGUCGGGCCAGACAGGAGCUGCCGCGGCACUCGGUACACUCGGGCUCCGGCCUAACGAGUUGUCCCAGGCAGGAGCUCCACUCGGGGUCCGGCCUGACGGGUCGGUCUGUCGACGAGGAGCUGCGGGAGAGACGACGGCUGGCGGGUCUCAGUCUGUCGUCCGACUCACCGAUGAAUUGUGCUGAGGUUCCGGAGUCAGACACAGACGAAUGGAAACAGAUAGUGGAUGUUCUGUGGAGUGACCCGAUGUCUCAGAACGGUUGUGUCCCGAAUGAGGUCCGAGGGGGCGGGUGUUACUGGGGGCCGGACGUCACACAGGAGGUGCUGGACAGACACAAACUGAAGCUGCUCAUCAGAUCACAUGAGUGCAAGCAGGAGGGAUAUGAGUUCUGCCACAACGGCAGGGUUUUGACAAUAUUCUCAGCCUCUAAUUACUAUGAUGUGGGCAGCAACAGAGGCGCUUACAUUCGUUUGGGCCCCGACCUCAUUCCUCACUUCAAACAGUUUCAGGCCAGCAGAUCGACACGAGAGCUCACACUGAGACAGAGUGUGGGACGAACAGAACGUUCUGCAUUACAGGCUCUGAGGAUGCAGCUGUUCACACACACAUCUGCCCUGAUUCGAGAAUUUCAGGAAUACGACCCACAGUGUACAGGUGUGAUCUCUGUGAAGCACUGGGCCGAGGCGGUGGAGAAGGUGCUGCGGCUCAGUCUGCCCUGGAGGGUUCUGCGGGCUCAGCUGGUGGGCAACACACGGGACGGGAUGCUCAACUACCAGCACUGGCUCAACCAGCUGUCCGUCAUCCAGACACACACUGAGAUUGCGAACACAGGUCUGCUGGAGACGCUCUACAAACAUCAUUCAAACCUGGAAAGCAUCUUCAGAAUGAUCGACACGGACCAUUCAGGGCUGAUCUCGUUGGACGAGUUCCACCAGACGUGGCGUCUGCUGAGCUCUCACCUGCAGACGGUCAUCAGUGACGAAGCCAUCGCAGAGCUGGCCGACAGCAUCGACUUCAACAAGGACGGCAGCAUCGACAUCAACGAGUUCAUGGAGGCGUUUCGGCUGGUGGAGCAGUGCAGAGGCGUGGGGGAAGAUGAGCCGGCGCCCGAGAGAGAGCGGGAAACACAGAUCGACCUCUAGAACCGCAACGCUCAUUAAAUCACCAACACGGGAAACUCAUAGUGAAACUUUAUUAAUCAUCAUAUCGACAGUAAAAUAGUCCAGCGGAUCGGAGGCAAACAUUCACACGCAAAAGUCUAAAUAAAUGAGCUGCGCAUCACUGCAGUGUGUGUCGGCUCAGCUGAGUUUGCUGCCGCGCGUGUGCACGCUGUCCUGAAGCCCGUCCUCCACCGUCCUGAUGUCGUCCAGGUCGUCUUUGAUGACACUGAUCAGGUGACUCAAGCCCUCCUGCUGAUGCUUCAGGUGCUGAAAGAUACAGCGAUGACAGUUGUGUUUCAGAUAAAGCUGCUCAUGUAUGAGGGCCGGGUUAGGGUUAAUCAUGAAAACAUGUCAUUCAUCAUGGACAGAUGUACUCUUAUCAUGGGUAGAUCAUGUAUAGAUGGCCAAGUCCAUAAACGUGCAUUUCACUGAUCCACGAGGAGGAGUUGAGGGACAGUAAAUCAUGAGCUUCUGUAAUUCUUUGGGUGAACUAUC